AUGUAUUCAAUUCGUCCACAUAGUUCAGGAAAUCUCGAAUUGAACUUACCCACGUCGAUGUAUUCGGUUAGACCAAUCAUUGAACAAACCACUCCUAGUGAAUCAGCGUUGGAGGGUAUUCAAAAACGGCAAGAUGCUUUAUUAGAAAAGAUCGAGUAUCUGUACAAUCAGAUUCGUCUAUAUCAAGACAAAGCGUCAACUCCGCCUAGUCACGAAGAAUUUGUCGUGCAUCUUUCGGCGAAAAAUCCAUCGGCAAAGAUUCUCGAUACGAUUCGACAAUUUCAUGACAAUCAACUGCCAAACUUAUCUUCGUCGAACAAUGCAAAUCGAUCAUUAAGUAUCAUCUGGGCUGAUGAGAAUGACCUUUCUUCAAUGUUUCAUUCACAUAUGAGAAUCAACGACGAGCAUCAAAUUGUUAAUUUACUUUCUCAUCACUUAACAAAUAUGAAUUGA